UACUGUUUAUGUAUUGCAUGCGGAUAGCAGAAUAAAUUUCCAAACCGUUUUCAAUGAACAACAAAUGCCUUGAUGGUUUUUUUAGAAAACAAAAGCGUAUUUUGAAAACUUAGAUCAAUUUACUUCUUCAAGCUUAAAUAAUAUAAUUUACUUAGGUUAUAUGGAAAAGUUAUCGAUUUUAACUCUAAAAUGCAUAGUUGACGUAUAAAUAAAUAAAUUUUCUAAAAUGUUUUUCGUUUCUCAAUUUUAUGAAUACUUAAAAAGUAUUUCCAAUGUAGCAAGUAAUGUUUAUAAUUACAUUUUCACAUUCUUAAAAACAAAUUUAACAAAAAAUGUUGAGUGUAAUUAUAUUGAGAUACUUCACCAAAGUGAUAAUUUUUUGAUAGUUAACAAACCAUAUGAUAUGGUUAUAAACAGCAAUAAUCCUAGUGUAAAGAAGAGUGUUCAAUUAAUAAUCCGUGAGAUGUUUCCAAAUUUAGUCAACCCAAAUCUAUACCAUGAAUUUUAUUUCGUUCAUCGACUAGAUUAUGCCACAAGUGGUGUAAUGUGCUUGGCUUUGAAUAAACAGUCUGCUCAGGCUGCUUCAUCAGCAUUUGAAGAAAGGACUGUACGAAAAUAUUAUUUAGCUCUUGUACAUGGUCAUAUUGAUAAAUAUUCAAUGGUGAUUGACAUACCAAUAGGACAUGAUGUUAGAGAGUUAAAUGGAAAUCGCAAAAUGUGCACUAAAGAUGAUGACUUCUGUGAAAAAGCAAGAAAAUCUUGUACUGCUUUGCUAGUUCUUGAAAAAGGAUAUAUUGAUGACAGACCAGUAACAAAAGUUCUAUUAUAUCCUAAAACUGGUCGAAGGCAUCAACUUAGAGUACAUUGUGCUCAUAUAGGACAUAUAAUUGUAGGAGAUUAUACUUACAGUGGUAAAACUGAUACUAAACCUCAUAGGACGUUUCUCCAUGCAUUUAGAUUAAUUAUAGAUAAUAGCAUAGAGAAUUUGGACGUACAAACGAAUGAUCCAUUUUGUUCAUCAAUCCCUGAAAAUCAGUGGAGACCUAGCACGAUUGUACGACUCUUGGAUGAGAGUGCAUUUUCUGAUAUUAAAGACCUUGCAGCUGGUAUCUAAGGUUUUCUAAGGAUCCUUUCCAAUAAUACCAGAUUCAAUAAUUUCAUAUUCAAUGUUUUUACGUGGUAAAUAAGGGGAUCCAGUUAUGAAAAGAUAUCGACGAUUGAACUUUUUGUACAAGUAAAAAGAAUUAGUGACCAUACUGGCCCAAGUUAUCCCAAGAGAAGGUUGUUCUUUACAGGAAAGGUUUUCUGUGUAAUUGUUUCCCAUCAUGGCAGUUACCUGUGCAAGUACAAACAUUUUUUUAACGCUUUUAUACAGCUUAAUUAUGUACAGAAUUGCAAUUUAAAAUUUGUAUAUUUUAUUAAAAAAACUUGGUACCUAAAAAA